AUGACGGAGGAGUCGAUCCUGAAUGACUCGCUGCGCGAGAUCGUUGUGGGCUCCGUUUCGGGUGCCAUCGGAAAGCUGAUAGAGUUUCCGUUCGACACAGUGAAGGUGAGACUCCAGUACUCCAAAUCUCUCUCCAUUCCUCUCUUCACAUCGACUCUAGACUGCAUCACCAAAACAUACAAGAACGAGGGAAUAUACAAAGGAUUUUGGAAAGGCCUACCGUCGCCGAUGAUUGGAGCGUCGCUGGAGGCGAGCUCACUUUUUUUCAGCUACAAAAUAGCCCAGGAUUUGGUCAAUCUAUCGCAAGGCAACCGGAUCAACACAGAACUGCCCCUUGGACAACGUCUUCUGUGUGGCUGUUUUAGUGGUAUCACCACAAGUUUUAUAUUGACCCCUGUGGAGCUCGUGAAGUGCCAGUUGCAGGUCGACAAUCUCAAAGUGGGCCAGGCUAACUACACCUCUCUUGGUCACGUGAUCAAGACCGUUUUGCGGCAGGAAGGUGUACGCGGACUCUGGAAGGGACAGACUACAACGACGGUGCGUGAAGCUGGAGGGACUGCAGCGUGGUUUGGAUGUUAUGAAUAUACUUUAGAUUGCUUCAAGGGCGACCGCGGCCCAGACUACGAAUAUAAGGCCCAUGAGCUACUCAUUGCUGGAGCCAUGGCUGGGAUUGGAUACAAUGCCUCAUUAUUUCCUGCAGACACGCGCGGCGAUGUUUUACUCCUAUGA